CCCUGGGCUCCUGGGGACGUGAGCGUCAUGUCUUUCCGCGACCUCCGCGCUGAUUUCACAGAGAUGAUGAGAGCCCUGGGAUACCCUCGACAUAUUUCUAUGGAAAAUUUCCGUACACCCAAUUUUGGACUUGUAUCUGAAGUGCUUCUCUGGCUUGUGAAAAGAUAUGAGCCCCAGACUGACAUCCCGCCUGACAUGGACACUGAACAGGACCGAGUUUUCUUCAUUAAGGCAAUUGCCCAGUUCAUGGCCACCAAGGCACAUAUAAAACUCAACACUAAGAAGCUUUAUCAAGCAGAUGGAUAUGCAGUAAAAGAGCUGCUGAAGAUCACAUCUGUCCUUUAUAAUGCUAUGAAGACCAAGGGGAUGGAGGGCUCUGAAAUAGUAGAGGAAGAUGUCAACAAAUUCAAGAGUGAUCUUGGCUCAAAGAUUGCAGAUUUGAAGGCAGCCAGGCAGCUUGCGUCUGAAAUCACCUCCAAAGGAGCAUCUCUGUAUGACUUGCUCGGCAUGGAAGUAGAGUUGAGGGAAAUGAGAACAGAAGCCAUUGCCAGACCUCUGGAAAUAAACGAGACUGAAAAAGUGAUGAGAAUUGCAAUAAAAGAGAUUUUGACACAGGUUCAGAAGACUAAAGACCUGCUCAAUAAUGUGGCCUCUGAUGGCAAUUUAGAAGCCAAAAUUGAAAAGAGAAAAUUAGAACUGGAAAGAAAUCGGAAGCGACUAGAGACUCUGCAGAGUGUCAGGCCAUGUUUUAUGGAUGAGUAUGAGAAGACUGAGGAAGAAUUACAAAAGCAGUAUGACAUUUAUCUGGAGAAAUUUCAAAAUCUGACUUAUCUGGAACAACAGCUUGAAGAUCAUCAUAGGAUGGAGCAAGAAAGGUUUGAGGAAGCUAAAAACACUUUCUGCCUGAUACAGAACAACCUCAAGGAGGAAGAGAAGCGCCUGCUCAAGAGUGGAAGUAACGAUGACUCGGACAUAGACAUCCAGGAGGAUGAUGAAUCCGACAGUGAGUUGGAAGAAAGGCGGCUGCCCAAGUCGCGGACAGCCAUGGAGAUGCUCAUGCAAGGAAGACCUGGCAAACGCAUUGUGGGCACGAUGCAAGGUGGAGACUCCGAUGACAAUGAGGACUCGGAGGAGAGUGAAAUUGACAUGGAAGAUGAUGAUGACAAGGAUGACGAUUUGGAAGACGAGAGUGUUUCUCUUUCACCAACCAAGCCCAAUCGAAGGGUCCGGAAACCUGAACCCCUGGAUGAGAGUGACAAUGACUUCUGACCCUUUUGCCAAGGGACCCUGGCAGAUUAAAACCCUCAGACUUGUAGGUAAAUGGGAACUUAGAAGGUUAGGAAGGCAACGCCUGUUUUGUUCACUAAGCUGGCUGGACUCAUGAUCACUGAAGCAAUAUUUAUUUCUGCUUUAGCCUCCUAUGUUUGCAUUCCAUGAAGCUUAAAUAAGAAUUGAAGCAAAUCCCUAAGAUUUAUUUUUUUCCACCUUAUUUAUCUCCUAAAACUUGAGGAAUGCAUGUGUUCUUAGUGAUUCACAUCCACC